CCACCAGAAUUUAACAACGUAAGUAGUGAUGCGGUUGUUUUAGAAGGUGACCCCAGUAUUACUUUAGAGUGUAUAGCAGAUGGUGAACCAGCACCAAACAUUACCUGGACCAAAGUAUAUACUCAUGGCAUUGACAGUGUUGUACUGGGAACUGGGAAUCAGUUUGUCCUUGAAACCAACAGAAAUAACAGUGGAACAUAUCGUUGUACAACAUAUAAUGGGAUAGGAACUGCACCAAAUCGCACGGUGAAAGUUGAAGUUAAUUGUAAGUAGAUAAUUUUAUUUUGUUGGUUUUUAUUUUUCAUAGAAUUUAGGAUUGAUUGUCAUACAUGUACCGUAGUAGGAAAAAAUAAUGCAAAAUAAAACUCCAAAAUGGAAAAAGGUGUAAAUCAACCACAAAAAAAGGUGCGUGAAGAUGUAGCUCUUUUACGAGUGGUAAAGGCAUGUGGGCAAUUUUAAAGGCAUGUGGGCAAUUUUAUUGAAAUACGUUGUGAUAUUUCGAGCAGGGCCUGAAAGAGCUAUACAGCCCAGUAUAGUGUGUUGUGAGAUUUGGAGAGAAUAAAUGAUAUUAAAAAAGCUGCAAGUCAAAAAAGAAAGAAGAGGAGGAGGUAUCAGUCGCCAAUUGCAUUGGACUUGCCACAUGCUCUAAUACUGAUGCAUGAUCAAAUAUUGUUGUUUUCUUCUCUUUAGAUAAACCAGAGAAUUUAAAGUUUAUGGUGAAUGACUCAGUUGUAUGUAAAGGUGAUGUUAUCAGUAUCACCUGCUCAGCAGAUGGUAAACCUGCAGUGCAUACUUAUCAAAUGUUUGAGAAUGAAAUACUAGUUAAUGAUGGAAAAAGCUCAGCUGCGGUAUGGAUAAGGAAAUAUUUAAAAGAAGGAGACUUCAGCUACAAAUGUGUGGCUAAUAACACUGUUGGUACAGCUGAGAAGACUGUAAAUGUCACAGUAAAAGGUACAGUGUGAGAAGUAGUUGUUAUCUGUUACAGUUACUAGCUUACAUAUGGUAAAAGAAUACUGGUGUAGGGUGUGAAGCUUUAAUACCAUUUUCCCCGUAAUGUUGUGCAUUGCGUAUUUAACUUCAAGUGGCAUCGGCACAUGAGUAUUUUUGUCGGUGAGGUUGCUUUUAAUAUUGUGUAUUAGUUUCACUGUUCUUAUAGUUUACAUUAUAAUGAAAUAGAUUAAUUCAGGUGUCACAUGUAAGUUAAAAAAACUGACCACCAGUGCACUUUAGGUGAAAAACAAUCACAGCACUUUGCAGUAUCGUCUUAUGAAGGCUUUUAUAUUCUUACUUUUUUGAAAGAAUCCUGUUUCUUCAAUUGUUAAUUGAUGACUGUCUAGACUCAAUCCUAUCCAGGGCCCAAAUUGAAAAAUGGUCACCUUAAAAUAAAAUAAAAAAAUUGGUCACCCCAUCCACACUCUGUAUUAUGCUACAUGAGAGUCUAGUAAAUCUAAUGAUACUGUACAUGUGCCACAUUUUUAUUUGCCAAAUUGGCAAGUAUGCUGGCUGGCCGAUUAAUGGAAGGAGGGAGAAGAAUUUCAGUGUAUCUCUUAGCUGAGAAACGAACUUCUCAUUUGAAGUGACCUAAUAUAUUCAUAUUAAAAAACCUCCAUAUUGAAAAUGAUGUCUUGACUCACUUGAGAAUUCAUCACCAAACUUCCAAAUGCGAAGUUGAUGGUUAGACUUAAAUGUUGCAUGUAAUAACACAAUCAACGAAAUCAAUGCGAUUUAAUCACCACUCACUUUAGGUGUUUGAGUAUUAGGAAGUUAUGGAACUGCAAGAGGGGAAAAAAGAAAGACAAGGGAUACAGGCAUUUUUCCUUUCAAAACUGGACCGACAACCAAGAAAUUUUUCAUGUUUUUGUUUUUCUUUGUCUGGUGGUUGCUAAUAGGCCACUUUUGAGUUCCUGCGGUUCAGUGAUCUGGUGCCAAAAUUGUGGUGCGAGGACGAGGCUAAGUGUGAAGUGAACAAAUUCGAGGAACAACCUUCCAUUGAGAAUUGUGCAUGCUUUGUCAGAAUGGGGCUAAGGUAAGUGAUGUGUUGGCACUUGAUUGGCAAUAUCAAACACGUAAAAAUGUAUUGUAAAUUUACGUUGUCAUGUACAGUUACAGUUUUCCCUAAGGCUGGAAAUUGUUGUAAAAAUCUGCAGUUUAUAUAUAAUAAAACAUUUUGCCCUACAAUUUUGGAGAACUCUGAGUGACACUUAAUUGUCUCUUUCUUCUAUCCUAGACAAACCUGAGAAUGUCCAGUUAAUGAGUUCUGCCAUGGACGACAAAGCAUGUACGGGAGAAGUCAUCAGCUUUAACUGCUCAGCUAAUGCUAAUCCAGGCGUUACGUCAUACCAGCUGUUUGAGAACGAAACUGCCAUUUUAAAUACAAGUGUCUCGGGGAUGUGGAGCAAGACUUUGGAAAGUAAAGGAGUGUUUGUCUACAGAUGCGUGGCCAAAAACAUUAUAGGAUCAGAAUACAGCAUGAGUGUUACUGUCAACUUGAAUGGUAAGCAAAAUAACCCAAACUAGGGCUUGUUUAAACCGUUCCAUAAGCUAUACACACAUACUGGGCAUGUUCGUGAGUGUACAUACUCCCAGUUGUAGAAGAACAUUGACACUUUACGAGGAUGAUUCAUGAAUGAUAAGACUACAUGUAAACAGCUUUAUGAGAAAUGUUUGCACAGUUGCAUCUCAUUAUAAUAUUUUAUGGCAAAUUGCUGUUUAUGAUAAGCCUUUCUCACAGGAAAGGGUUGUUGGCCUCCAUCAUCUACCACAUGUAACUUAUUGUGGUUAUUAUGGACAUGUGCAUGCAUAAUGUGUUGGGUCUCAUCAUUCAUCGCCAACGAUUUCUAGGUGUCUACCAUUUAGCCACAUAAUGUAUAGGUGCAUGGUCUUAGUUAUCUUGGUGUUUGUAGGUGGUAAUGAAGUCGAAGGGAAUUACUUGUACGUUGUAUGUUGGGGACUAAACGAUGCAGUUGUUAAAGUGCACAAGCUGGUCAUUGGCUACUUUUAAGAUUCACUUUUUUGGGGAAGGAUGAUUCAUGAAUGAUGAGACUACAUGAAUGAUAAGACUACAUGUAAAUAGCUUUAUGGGAAUUUUUGCACAGUUGCAUCUUAUGAUAAUAUUCAUGGUAAAUUGCUGUUUAUGGUUAGCCUUCUCUCACGGGAAAGCACUGUUGGCUUCUAUCAUUUACCACUUGUAACUUAUUGUGGUUAUUAUAGACAUAUGCAUGCAUAAUGCUGUUGAGUCUCAUAACUCAUCGCUAACGAUUUUUAGGUGUCUACCAUUUAGCCAUCUAGUGUAUACACGCAUGAUUUUAAGUAUCAUGAUGUUUGUCGGUGGCAAUUAAGUCGAAAGGAAUUACACGCACUGUAAGUUGGGAAUGAAAUGAUGCAGGUGUUAAAGUGUACAAGCUGAUUAUUAGCUACUUUUAAGAUCCUUUCACAUUUUCACUUUUCUUUUACAGUACCUUCCUCAAUCACCCAAAUAACACAAAUCAGAAUAUAACUGAAGGUAGCAAUGUGACUCUGUCAUGUCACGUGUCUGGAGUCCCCGCACCAACAGUGUCUUGGAUUAAGCCUGGUGGCCAGCGCCACAAUGGACACAUGUUGGAGGUUACACACAUUAACAGGACUCAAGCUGGUGAAUACAGAUAUGAAGCCAGUAAUGAGUGUGGCAAUGCAACAAAAACGGCAACUAUUGAUGUACAGUGUAAGAACAUGCAAAAGUUGUCCUUUGUUACAUGUUGUUUCUUGUAUUUAUUUGUCAAAGUAUAUCGAUUUCCUUCUCUGUAACUUUUUUUUUAGAGAGGCUUGUUUAAUCAUAGCUUCGGCAUCAGGCAGAUAAAGAGGGAGACUCCUUGGUUACUUUGUAAUAUGUAGCUUACAAAGGUUAAUUCUAUUCCGUCACCGCACUGAGGGCUCACGUGAGAUAGCAUUGCGCCUGCGCGAACUCAGUGUGUUGCCGCCUUUGGAGCGAACGGACGUUUGUUUUUUCAACACGCUGAGAAUUUUAGUUUUAAGCGAUAAUUCGCAAAAAAUGCCCGAGACCUCGGAUAAAUCUGAGCUUAAGGGCGAGAAAGACAACUUAAAAAGGAAAAGUAGUGGCUCUAGAAGCGAACACAUUGAAGCAAAUGUUAGAAUCAUCGAAAGAGGAGAUGGCGCCGAUGGCGCCAAAACUGACUCACAUGGUUUACAAGAGCUGGCCGCUACGCUGAGACAGGGCUUCACCCAGAUGUCUCAAGAUUUAUCCAAGACUAUUGCUGAGUCGUUCAAACAGUUUCAGUCAGACUUUGAAAUACAAUAUGUUGACACGGAGGAAGAACAGGAGGCAAAAUCUGCCGAGAAUGACCACGAGGUCAGCGAAGAGCCCCCCACGAAGAAGAAAACUACGAGCUUAGAAGAAGCUGUGACAAAGCUGGCUGACUCAACCGGGGCUCAAAAUAUGCCUUCUAAUGAAGGAAAAUUUGAGGUACUUAACAGCUUGAAACAAGAGCUGAAGAAAGAGGAGACGGGCCCAAGUGUAAACACAGAGCUGGCGAAUGUAGUGAAUGCCAUGCUCAAAGAAGGGCUGCCUGAAGAGAAACUUCAGGAAAAGUUGAACAAGUAUCACAGACCAGAGAACUGUGAAUUCUUGACAAAAGUACGAGUCAAUCAACCAGUAUGGGACCACCUUACUCCAACAGUCCGGUCCCAAGAUGUUAGACUGCAAAAGGUGCAGACAUCCAUCUUCAAAGGAAUGUGCGCGUUGACAAAUAUGAUCGACAAACUCCUUGAGCACUUGUCGUCACUCCCAGCGGGAAACGACCUUCUUCAAAAGUCAACAGAUGCACUUACAUUGUUCGCUAAUGCAAACAGUGAACUCAAUCAAAGACGAAGGGAAUUUAUCAAACCGGAUUUACACGAGGAAUACAAACAUCUUUGCUCCUCGUCGGUUCCGAUCACUGACCAAUUGUUUGGCAAUGAUCUCCCGAAACAAGUGAAAGAAUUGACCGAGGUCAAUCGAGUGGGAAAGAAAGUCUCCACACACAGUGGUCGAUCAACGAACAAGCCUGAUUAUCACAGGCACAACUCUUACGCACAUAGCCGCGGACGCUCAGGAAACCAACAUUACAGGAAGCCUUUUUUAGGCUCGUGGAAAAACGACCACAAACAUCCUCCGAACUUCAAGAGGAAGGAGGAGGGGAAGUCAAAAUGAAUCAGACUGCUAACAACGUUGAGGUAAGAAAUGUGUCAGAGCAACCUAUUAAAAUUACAGGUGGAAGACUGAAACAAUUUACCUCUCAGUGGCAAUGCAUAACCUCAGAUCCUUUCAUACUUAAUAGUGUGAAAAAUUAUAAAAUUGAGUUUGAAAAUGGAGAGCCAAUGCAGUUUAUGCCACCAAAAGAAAUAAAUUUUACAAAACCAGAGCAGGAGGUCAUUGACAAUGAAAUUGAUAAACUGCUGACCAAAGGUGUGAUUUCAGAAACCACACAUUGCCCUGGUGAAUAUAUUUCUACUAUAUUCAUACGCCCUAAGAAAGAUGGAGGGUUUAGAUUAAUUCUAAACUUAAAGAAUUUGAAUGAACAUGUGGAGUAUCAACAUUUUAAGAUGGAUACCUUACAAUCGGCAAUAAGGCUUAUGACUCCAAACUGUUAUAUGGCCUCAGUAGACCUGCGUGACGCAUACUACUCAGUGCCAAUUCACAAAGAUGAUCAAAAAUAUCUGAGGUUUUGCUGGAAAGGUAGAUUGUUUCAGUUUACAUGUCUACCAAAUGGUCUGGCUUGUGCACCCCGACUCUUCACAAAAAUCCUUAAGCCAGUGUAUGCUACGCUGCGCCAGAAGGGUCACCUAAAUGUAGGCUAUAUUGAUGACUCUUAUUUACAAGGGGAGAGCGUGGAGGACUGCCAAGCCAAUAUUAAUGAUACCUGUGACUUAUUUUCAACAUUGGGUUUUAUCCUACAUCCUGAUAAGUCGGUCUUACAGCCAGUUCAAGUCCUUACAUUUCUGGGAUUUGUCUUGGAUUCAGUUAAUAUGACUGUCUCCUUAACACAGGAAAAAAUCCAGCGCAUAAGGGAAAGAUGCAAGAAAAUGAUGGAGCUUGUUGAGCUCCCAAUCCAGGAACUAGCUAGCUUUAUAGGGCUUUUAGUGUCAAGUUUUCCUGGAAUCUUAUAUGGACCACUGUAUUAUAGACAACUUGAGAGGGAUAAAACUACAGCCUUAAGACAAAACUAUGGCAAUUAUAAUGCUCAAAUGAGAUUAUCCCAAGAAAGCUUUUCAGAGAUAAAGUGGUGGUAUGAUAACAUACAGACAAAUAACUACCCCAUAUUAUUGCCUAAUUCAAAGGUUGAUGUAAUAAUUUACACCGAUGCAUCAACUAAAGGAUGGGGAGCUGUCAAAGAGACAGAGAAAAUAGGGGGUAGAUGGUCAGAGGAAGAAGCAAAAUAUCACAUUAAUUGUCUUGAGCUGUUAGCUGCAAUUUUUGGACUUAAGGCAUUUUGCAAAAAUGAGCAAGGCAUUCACGUUAAGAUUUACUCUGAUAACUCUACAACUGUGAACUAUAUUAAUGCUAUGGGAGGUGUACAUUCUAGGGAAUGUCACACUAUUGCUAAAGAUAUUUGGCAGUGGUGCAUAGAAAAACAAAUAUGGUUAACAGCUGCUCACAUCCCAGGGACCAAAAAUGUUGAGGCAGAUCGGGAAUCACGCGUUUUCUCAGACAACAAGGAAUGGAUGAUAAGAUCUGAUAUUUUCCAACAGAUCACAGAUAUCUGGGGGGAGCCCUCCAUAGACCUCUUUGCAUCCAGACUAAAUCAUCAGGUUCCAUGCUAUGUAUCCUGGAAACCUGACCCAGGGGCAGCCUUUAUUGAUGCAUUUUCUGUAACAUGGGAUAAACACUUGUUCUAUGCUUUCCCUCCUUUCAGUUUAAUUGCAAGAUGCCUACAGAAAAUACAAACCGAUUGUGCAGAGCGAUUGAUGAUAGUUCCAAUGUGGCCAACCCAGAGUUGUUUUCUCAAACUUCUUCGCAUGUUAGUGGCUGCUCCAAGAGUGUUACCACAACAACGAACUGCCUUACAAAUGCCGGGGAUGCCACAAGAAAUCCACCCCCUAUUCAGGAAAAUGGUUCUGAUUGCAUGCAGAUUGUCUGGCAGUCCUAUGAGACACAAGGAAUUUCUCAAAAGGCAACCUCCAUCAUCUUACAGUCCUGGAGGAAAGGAACUUCAAAGCAGUAUUCAUCUUACAUCAAAAGAUGGACUACAUAUUGUCAUAAAAAACAGAUUGAUCCAGUUCCUGCCACUGUCCCCCAGGCACUAGAUUUUUUAGUGGAGCUAUUUGAGUCAGGCAUCGGUUACAGUGGUAUUAACACUGCAAGGUCUGCUCUAUCCAGUGUCUUAAAGCCUGUGGACGGGAUGACUUUUGGAGCACAAGAGAGUGUUAAGAGGUUCUUAAAAGGAGUUUACGAAGCAAGACCCUCCAACCCAAGAUAUACUGAGACAUGGGAUGUGAGCAAGGUUCUGAACUAUCUUAAGACAAUCUCUAUUACAGACUGCUCACUAAAGGAUCUGACUUUAAAAUUAGUCACUUUAAUGUCAUUAGUAUCAGCUCAACGGGGGCAGACAAUUCACUACUUGUCUUUGGAGGACAUGGUUGUUUCAGAAACUUCUGUGACUUUUAUUAUCUCCAGGCCUAUUAAACAGUCUAAGCCAGGGUCGAAACCCACUGUUGUUAAGUUUGAAGCUUACCCGGACAACCCUUUUGUGUUGUCACUACCUUGAAGGCAUAUCUUAAUCGUACCUCUUCUCUACGUGGAGGUGCACAACAAUUGUUUAUUAGUCAUUACAAGCCAUUUAAACCAGUUUCCCGGGACACCAUCAGUAGAUGGGUCAAAGCUGUAAUGCAAAAGUCAGGAAUUGAUGUAAACCUUUUCAAGCCCCACAGUACUAGGGCUGCCGCAACAUCUAAGGCUUUGUUGAAAUCUGUACCAUUAGAGCACAUCCUAUCAGUUGCAGGAUGGAGCUCAUCUGACACUUUUGCAAAGUUUUAUAGCAAGCCUGUUAUCAACACAGAUAGCUUUUCUAACGUUUUGUUACAAGAGUAAAGUUAAUAAACUGUUUUUGACCAAUAUGACUUGCUUGGUUGGUCAUUACUCUAUUCAUGUGUGCAGUGGGCUUUGAAGUCUCACGUGAGCCCUCAGUGCGGUGACGGAAUAGAAUUGGAAAAUUAAACGAGACUUACCUAUAAGUUGAAGUUUGAUUGAAAUUCUAUCCGUCACCAAGCACUGAGGGAUUACGUGCCCUCCCUUUUAAGGCCCUCCCAUUUUGCUGGUCAGGGUUUUCUUUCCCCUGCACACAUGGCAAGUGCUUUAAAAACUGAGUUCGCGCAGGCGCAAUGCUAUCUCACGUAAUCCCUCAGUGCUUGGUGACGGAUAGAAUUUCAAUCAAACUUCAACUUACAGGUAAGUCUCGUUUAAUUUUCCAAUUAAACUGUAUUUAUAAAUUGUGUGUUUUGUCCUCAGACAAACCUGAGAAUGUUCAGUUAAUGAGUUCUGCCAUGAACGACAAAGCAUGUAGGGGAAUAGCCAUGAGCUUUAACUGCUCAGCUAAUGCUUAUCCAGGCGUAACGUCAUACCAGCUGUUUGAGAACGAAACUGCCAUUCUAAACACUAUUGUCUCGGGGAUGUGGAGCAAGACUUUGGAAAGUGAAGGAGUUUUUGUUUACAAAUAACUCUUUAGGAUCAGAAUACAGCAUGAGUGUUACUGUCACCGUGAAUGGUAAGCAAAUAGUCCAAAUUGUGUUUAUUCGAGAACAAUUUGAAAAACUACACACAUAAAGACAGCAUUUGCAUGAGCGAACAGACACUCGAUUACGAAAACGUUGACACUUAUAAAGCAGGAUCCAUGAUUGAUGGGACUCAACGGCCUUAUGCGAAAUGUUUGCUCUGUGGCAUUCCAUUAUUCAGGAACAUCUCUAUCGAUGUUCAUUCUUUUCUUGCAUGAAAACGUUGAGGCUUUUAUCAUUUGCCACAUGCAACAAUAUGUAUACAAGGUUGUCAUGUACAUUUUUAUCCAUAAAGCCGCUGGGUCUCAUCGCUCGUUGCUAAUAUUUUUUUGGGUGUCAACGUUUUUGGCAAUCGAGUGUAUAUGUGCAUAUUCUUAUGUUUUUAUUUGUGAAAGACAAUCGAGCUGAAGAGGAAUAAAAGCACAUUUAUAUUAGGGAAGCAAUGAUCUUUGUGCUUAAGCCUGCAAUUAUCCUAAUAACACAAGAUCAGAAUGUAACUGAGGGUCGCAAUAUGGCUCUUAUUUGUAAUGUUUUUGGAAUUCCUCCACCAAUGGUGUCUUGGAUGACACCUGAGAGUCAACGUGUUAGUGGAUACAGGUUGGAGAUUACAAACAUUCACAGGAGUCAAGCUGGUGAAUACAAACGUGAAGCCAGUAAUGAAUGUGGCAAUGCAACAGAGACAGCAAACAUUAUUGUGCUGCGUAAAUUUGACAGUUCCUUUUCCUUAAAAGUUUGCGUUUAUCUGUAUGUUUUGUAAAUAUACACUCUGACGAUGGCUAUUGUCACAUGUAUAAUGUACAUGUGCACAUUUUGUAUUAAUUGGGUUUAAGGUAUCGCUUAUUUCACACAGAUUAAGGCAUGUAAUUUGUAAUACAGUCAGACCUCUCUUAUGCAAACACCAAAGGGUCAUUGUAAAAUAAUCUCAUCAUUUUACGACUUUUAUCAUAUCACGUUCAGUCUUAUUCUGCUACUUUAUCAAAUUAUCCCUUAAUUUUUGUUUUAUUUUUACACUGAUUUAUGUACACUAAAUUACCGACUCAAUGUAGAAAAACCAGAGAAUGUACAAUUUAAAACUUCUGGGAUCGACGGCAAAGCAUGUCAGGGUGAUACUAUUGCCUUAAAAUGCUCAGCUGAUACUAAGCCAGAAGUGACGACCUACUAGCUGCUUAAAAAUUACACUACCAUGACCCUCAGCCUUUCAGGGAUGGGGAGCGAAACAUUGGUAAGUGGAGGAGUGUUUGUCUACAGAUGUGUGGCUAACAACACUGUAGGAACAGUAUCUAGUAUGGAUGUUACUGUUACUGUGAAUGGUAAGCCUUGA